CGUUUUCAAACCCAAUGUCCCUCGGCAGUCAAGCUUGUAUACUGAAACUCAAAGAAGAAAUAUAUCUGUUACAUGAAGUUGUUGAACGAGUUAACAAACGCGCGAAUAUGAAGUCAGCAUACUCUUGGAAGUUUCCAGGAAAAUCAGCUUUUGAAACCGAAAUCCGUUCUGUUUUAUCGAAAUGCAAUUUCUCUACCUCGAGCAAACCUUCAAAUGCAAUUUUACAUGUGUUCUUACUGGAAAUGAUUAUUGAUAGAUGUUUAUUGAUAUUUCAAAUCUUGAGCCAUCUAUGUAAACCAGUUUGUCACUUCUUGGGCUCUUCUUAUGAAAAUUCGAAUUCAUUGAGUUCAUGUGUCAAUGAACAUGUUUCAUUAGUGUUUAAUUUGUUAAGCUUGAUUAGUGUUAGUACUAAAAGAAACAAAAUAGCUGAUGCUCAGUGUGUUGAAGAUCACCAAGAAACGUUUCAUGAGGUCGACCGGUUUGUGGAAAGUAAGCUUGCUGCAGAGGCAAUCAAUUGGGUUACUGAGGUUGAACGCUUUUAUAACUCGUCUUCCCAAGUACCUUCAACAUUAACCAGUAAAAAUUUUGAAUUGGAAACAAGAUCUCAAGAAACUCAAACUUACGUAUCUAAAAACCUUGAUGGAAACUUUUCACAGCUCUUUUUAUCAACGAUCCAGGUUUUAUCAAGGUGUUUAGUGAAACCAAUGGACGAAUACAAUCUGCCUUCUGAGAUCGGUCGUUUUAUUUAUGAAGUAAAAAAUUCCGAAGACCAGCAUGAGUGGAAAGUAGAUGGGUCAAAGUCUCUCUCCUAUUUUCUCGAACGAGACAUUACACGCUUGGUCAACUAUUUGGAAACUAAUAGUUCUUCAAUCAAGAUUAUGGAGGAACAAAUAAACUUAAUGAAGAAAGAGAACGUUAAGCUUUCAAAAGAAAUGUUGGACAAACAAGAUAAUUUUAAUUCUUCCCAAGAAAAAUUAUCUAAAGAAAUCAAAAAAUUAAAUAAAAAGAAUAGUGAUUUAAUGAAAGAAAACACGAAUAUCAAAACCGAAGUGGAGAAUUUGAACAACGUAAUAAAGAAUAAAGAAUCUCGAAUACUCGAACUAGAAAAUCAAGUUGAAAUAAUGAAAAACAACAUGGAGAACUUCCAAAAGCUUUGUGUUGAUACAGUUGAGUUAAAUGAAGUCGACUUACUUUCGAAACCAUCAUGUAUUGUCGAAUCUUGUCUGUUGGAACUUCGACAUAAGCUAGAAAACACUACAAAUGAAUGUAACCGCAUUUCAAAACUAUUGGAAAUGAAAGAAAUGGAGAAUCAAAAUAUGAAUACACAAUUUUCAAUGCUUACUGCAAAACACGAAAAGCUUUCAACACGAAUUAAUCAAUUAACUGAUAUUAAUGAACGAUUUGAGAAAGAGAUUGUUUUAAAGGAUAAUUCAAUUAAAUGUCUAAAUUCUGAAUUGACUAGUUCUAAUAAAAAAUUAAACGAACUAGAAAAUUCCUUGCAUGAUAUGAAAAACAUGUUAACAGAAAAAGAAAAAGUUCACAAGUCAGCUGAAUUGAAUCUUGAACAUGUGAAAUCAGAAAAUAUAGAAUUGUGCGAGAAAUUAAAUAAAUUGAAUGAAGAUCUUUUGAAUAUGGCUCAGUAUCCAGACUUGAAUGGACCAAUCACAUUUGAGAAUGAUAAUAAUGACAAAAGUGUUGAUGAAGAAUUGAAAGGACAAAUUCAAGCGAAUGAACUUAGAAUUACUCUUUUAAUGGAACAAACUAAACGAUUGCGUAAUGCAUUAUUUGUGAUUAAUGAUCAAAGACAAAGUAUGAACUAUAAGAAUAAUAAUAAUGAUGAUGAAAAUCAGUUAAUGAAUAAAGAUACUGAAUUACUGUCACCUAAAAUUGAUCAUUUACUACUUGGUGUUCAUGAUGAUGAUGACAAUAAUGCACCAAGUAUUAUUCAUUCAAAUGCUUCAUCAGAUAAUAGAUUGGUAGAUGAAGAUAACUAUCGAGCACGCCAAAAAACCUAUACAAAACCAAGUAUUAUUUCCAAUGAAGUAAAUGGAAAUCAUUCAAGUGUUCAAUUAUGGUCUGGCCCAAGUAUAACAAGAAAAAAGUCAAGUCGUCCACAAUCUAAAAGGAAGAAAUGAGGAGUCAACUAAGAGGAAGAAUCAUGAAAUCCAUUCACAGAUCUCGAAAAAACACGUAAAUGUUUUUUAGAUGAUUUUUAUAACAGGUGUUGUAAAC